AUGGAAAAUCCAGCUGUUGAAGAAAAAGGAUUAAAAUGUCAUAUUUGCAGCAAACUUUUCAACUCUAAACAGGGUUUGAGGAUUCACAUCAUUAUGCACAACGGUGAAAAACCUUACGAAUGUCAAAAUAACAAUAAGCUGUCCACCACAAAACAGGUUUUGCAAAAACACAAUAUUUCGCACACCGGUAAAAAACCUUACGAAUGUGAAACUUGCCACGAGAAGUUCCCCGCUAAACAUACCUUGCUCACACACACCAUGUUGCAUACUGGUGAAAGACCUUACAAAUGUCAAACUUGCCAUAAAAGAUUCACCACUAAAUCGACAUUGAGGAAGCACAGUAUCAUUCACGACGAUGAAAAGCCAUACGCCCACGAAUGCGAAGUAUGCCAAAAGAAAUUCGUCUACAAGCAGAGUUUGACCAGACACAACCUUUUGCACACUGGUGCGAAACCUUUUGAAUGCGAUAUCUGCCUCAAGAAGUUUUCAUUCAAGAGUAGUUUGACAGAGCACAACUUCCUGCAUACCGGUGAAAAACCCCACCAGUGCGGCGUUUGCCUCAAGAAGUUCAGCUCCAGAUGGGUCUUGAACAAGCACGGUAUUUUGCACAGUGGUAUAAAUGCCUACGAAUGCGAGAUAUGCCACAAGAAGUUUGCCUACAAGCGCAGUUUGAUCAGUCACCAGUUUUUGCACACUGGUGCGAAACCUUUCGAAUGUGAUAUCUGCCACAAGAUGUUUCCGUUUAAGAAAACCUUGAUACAACACAAAAUCCAGCAUACCGGUGUGAAACCUUACGAAUGUGAUGUUUGCCACAAACAGUUUUCAUACAAGUACAUCUUGGCUAACCACUACUUUGUUCACACCGAUGAAAAACCUUACAAAUGUAAUAUUUGCGAGAAAACAUUCGCCCGCAUGGUACGUCUGACUACGCACAUGGAUAUGCACGCUCGUGAACAAUCGAUGGGCUGCGAGAUUUCCCAGAAAAAAAUUCCCAAUUCUGUGGAAACUUUUGGAGAAUCAUUUGAGUGUGACAUACCGGAUUUGGUGAAAUUGGCAACGCAAGGAGUCAUACAACCAAGAAAAACAAAAGAAGAGUGUGACAUUUGCUAUGAAACAUAUUCCAAUGAGGAAGACUUGAAUUUACACCUUGAAUCACACAAAGUGAAGAGUGAAUUUGAUAGUGUUGUCAAACAAGAAUGUGAUAACGACAUUGGGUAUUCUGAAAUUAAAUUGGCACCGCAAAGAGUCAAAGAACCAAGAAAAUCAAAAGAUGAAAAAGAAGAGUGUGACAUUUGCUAUGAAACAUAUUCCAAUGAGGAAGACUUCAAAUUACACCUUGAAUCACACAAAGUGAAGAGUGAAUUUGACAGUGUUGUCGUCAAACAAGAGUGUAAUAUGGAUCUGGAAUAUCGGGAAAUAAAAUUGGAAAAUCUUGAAGAAAUCGUCGAAACAGAUCAGAAAGACAUUAUUUAUUGA